AUGAAGGACAACUUUUCGAUCGUGUAUGAAACUUUGCAUGUCGACAACUCACGUGGCGAACGGGAGAAUGCGCUCAACAUCUCAGAUGCUGAUCUCAAGAAACGUGAUGUCAUUAUGAUUGAUGUUGCCAACGACCCCAUCGAUCCCAAGGAUUAUAAGGCCCAAGAAGAUCCCAAAAUGGUGCAUUCCUUCAAGACCGGUCGUGGCCCUCUUACUGAGAAGGAUUGGACACAAAAGGUCGAGCCUGUCAUGACUUGCUACAAGCUGGUGUACAUUGAAUUCAAGUGGUUUGGUCUUCAGGGCAAGGUGGAAUCUUUCCUCGCCAAGACGAUCCACAACUUAUUCAUCAAAUUCCAUAGACAAUUGUUUUGCUGGAUGGAUCAAUGGUAUGGCAUGACAAUCGAUGAUAUCCGAGCAUUAGAAGAACAAAUCAAAAAGGAUCUCGACGUGAAGCGAAAUGAAGGCACCGUCCCUGGUUCCGGAUCUGAUUCAGCUAGCAUUGCUGCAAGCAGCGUUCAUACUGCAAAUGGCAAACAAUAA